UGUUAUUGAAUAUUUGGAUGUAGAGAAGGAGAAGGAGCGAUAUAAACAUCACUUCGGACAGCUCAAAGCUCUUUAAGCAUGUAUGCAGGUGUCAUAACGAAGUUGUUCAUUCUUCCUGGUAUACUUUUUCAUUUUGAGACUUUGCUGACAGUUCAAGCAGAAACACAUUCCCUGUACUACAUAUACACAGCUUUAUCCAAACCUGUGAAUCUGCCGGGCAUCUAUGAAUUCACCGCUAUGGGUCUACUUGAUGGCAUACAGAUUGAUUACUACAACAGCAUGGACCAGAAAAAGAUUCCCAAACAGCAGUGGAUAAAAGAGAAAAUGCCAGCAGAUUACUGGGAAAAAGGCACCCGAUCACGCAAGAGCAAACAGCAGUGGUUUAAUGUGAAUAUCAACAUUGUGAUGGAGCGAAUGAGACACAAUAAUUCAGAUCUUCAUGUUCUUCAAUGGAGACACGGUUGUGAAAUUGAGGAACAAGAACGUAUAGUGACAUUUUUUAAGGGCAUCAGUGAGUACGCCUAUGACGGCGAGGACUUUUUUUCCUUCGAUAAUAAGGUUUCACAGUGGAUUGCCCCAGUUGACGCAGCUGUUCCAUCUAAAGUGAAAUGGGAUAAUGUGCCAAUUUUAAACCAAUACACUAAGGGGUACUUGGAAAAAGAGUGUGUGGACUGGAUUAACAGAUUCAGAGAAUAUAAAAAAGAGGAGCGUAAAAACACCUCUCCACCAAAGGUUCACGUUUUUGCAAGAAAGUCCUGCAGUGAUAAAAACAAAUGGACACUCACCUGUUUGGCCACUGGCUUCAACCCCAAAGAUGUGACAUUGAUCAUUAGGAAGAAUCUUAUAACCCUGCCUGAAACAGAGAUUGAAUCCACAGGAGUCAGACCAAACUAUGAUGGAACGUACCAGAUACGGAAGAGUGUGGAGAUAGUGGAAAAUGAAAAACACUAUUAUGAUUGUUUUGUGACCCACACAACACUAAAGGAAGCAAUAACCGUCAAAUGGGAUCAAGAGAUCGCUUCAACAUUUAAAUGUGAAAAUGUAAAUGUAAGGCCAAAGCUGGAAGAGUUUGGAAGAGGCUACCAGGUUCCAGCCCAGUCAGAAACACAUUCCCUGUACUACAUAUACACAGCUUUAUCCAAACCUGUGAAUCUGCCGGGCAUCUAUCAAUUCACCGCUAUGGGUCUACUUGACGGCAUACAGAUUGAUUACUACAACAACAAGGACCAAAAAAAGAUUCCCAAACAGCAGUGGAUGAAAGAGAAAAUGCCAGCAGAUUACUGGGAAAAAGGCACCCAAUCACGCAAGAGCAAAGAGCAGUGGUUUAAUGUGAAUGUCAACAUUGUGAUGGAGCGAAUGAGACACAAUAAUUCAGAUAUUCAUGUUCUUCAAUGGAGACACGGUUGUGAAAUUGAGGAACAAGAAAGUACAGUUACAUUUUCUAAGGGCAUCAGUGAGUACGCCUAUGACGGCGAGGACUUUUUUUCCUUCGAUAAUAAGGUCUCACAGUGGGUUGCCCCAGUUGACGCAGCUGUUCCAACUAAAGUGAAAUGGGAUAAUGUGCCCAUUUUAAACCAAUACACUAAGGGGUACCUGGAAAAAAAGUGUGUGGACUGGCUCAACAGAUUCAGAGAAUAUAAAGAUGAGAAGCUUAAAAACACAUCUCCACCAAAUGUUCACGUGUUUGCAAGAAAGUCCUGCAGUGAUAAAAACAAAUGGACACUCACCUGUUUGGCCACUGGCUUCAACCCCAAAGACGUGACUUUGAUCAUUAGGAAGAAUCUUAUAACCCUGCCUGAAACAGAGAUUGAAUCCACAGGAGUCAGACCAAACUAUGAUGGAACGUACCAGAUACGGAAGAGUGUGGAGAUAGUGGAAAAUGAAAAACACUAUUAUGAUUGUUUUGUGACCCACACAACACUAAAGGAAGCAAUAACCGUCAAAUGGGAUCAAGAGAUCGCUUCAACAUUUAAAUGUGAAAAUGUAAAUGUAAGGCCAAAGCUGGAAGAGUUUGGAAGAGGCUACCAGGUUCCAGCCCAGUCAGAAAGUCACUCCCUGUACUAUAUAUACACAGCUUUAUCUAAACCUCUGCCGGGCAUCUCUCAAUUUACCGCUAUGGGUCUACUCGAUGGCAAACAGAUUGAUUACUAUGAUAGCAUUGCACAGAAAAAGAUUCCCAAACAGCAGUGGAUGAAAGAUGAAAUGCCAGCAGAUUACUGGGAAAAAGGCACCCAAUCACGCAAGAGCAAAGAGCAGUGGUUUAAUGUGAAUAUCAACAUUCUGAUGGAGCGAAUGAAUCACAUUGAAACAGAUCUUCAUGUUUUUCAAUGGAGACACGGUUGUGAAAUUGAGAAACAAGAAAAUGAAUUUAAAUUUUCUAAAGGCAUCAGUGAGUAUGCCUAUGAUGGUGAAGACUUUCUUUCCUUUGACACAGAGGUGUCACAGUGGGUGGCUUUAACUGACCCAGCUGUUAAAACUAAGACGAAAUGGGAUAAUGUGCCCAUUUUAAACCAAUACACUAAGGGAUACCUGGAAAAAGAGUGUGUGGACUGGCUCAACAAAUUCAGAGAAUAUGGAAUAGUCUCUCCGCCAGAAGUUUAUGUGUUUACAAGAGGACAUCGAAGUGAUAAAAACAAAUUGAAGUUCUGCUGUUUGGCCACCGGCUUUUACCCCAAAGAUGUGACAUUGAUCAUUAGGAAGAAUCAGAAACCCCUUCCUGAAACAGAGAUUGAAUCCACAGGAGUCAGACCAAACCAUGAUGGAACGUACCAGAUACAGAAGUGUGUGGAGAUAGUGGAGAAUGAAAAAGCUGAUUAUGAUUGUUUUGUGACGCGUAAAACUGUAAGAGAAGGGAUUGUUAUCAAAUAGGAUGGAAAAUGCUACUAGACCGGUGGCCGGACUGGACGGGAUUUUUUCUCUGGCUUUAUGCUCUUCCACUUUACCGGAGUUCUGGGGUACAGGCAACUACGCCGAAUGUUCUGAAUGUUAUCGCUCUGUCUUUCAUACACUUUUUUCUCCCUAUUUUCUGUUCUCAAAUAAUGUAUUAAAUGUAUUCCCAUACACACUAAAAUACAGUUAUGUAUACACCACUUCAUGCAUUGAUAUUGUAACCAUUUCUAUAACAACAUCAGUAUUGUUUAUAAAUCAUUUUACUCUAGAACUUUCAUUUUUUUUAUAUUAUACCUUUUUAAAUGUCCAAUGUAUGAAAUUUAGUGGCAGGGGGACUCGCGAUGUAUAGAAAUAGUUUAUUAUAACUCUUAUUAUAAGGUCUUUAUACACCUCUGAAGAUAUAGUUAUGUGUAUUAUAUUGCAUUUCUUUGAACUCUGUUUUAUGAUAAAUUUUAGAACUAAGAAGAUUUUUCAACUGUCGAGUUCAUCUUUAAAAAUGUUGCAUUUUUUACUCCUGAAACAGACCCAAUGUAUUUUAUUAAUGCAUUUUAUAUGUAAUAAGAAUCUGUUCUUGUGUUGAAAAAUAAACAACAGAAAUUAA